GGGAUCCAAAUCUCCCCGAAGACCUCCGACCCUGUCCGAGUAUUGAGUAUGCGAACAUCUCCGAGCCUCUCCCACCAAUGCUCUAUCCAGGAAAGACGAGCUGCUUGUGGAAGGUACCAUCCUCCUUUCUGCUUGGUCUGAUCUUUGAUUGAUUUUUUCAGUGAGUUGGACAGCAUCGAAAAAUAACAAAUAUUAUAUGUCAGAUGGCCUUCUUCUGCUCAAUUUAUUGCUCAUCGACAAUCGAAACUUCCAAGUUAAGUGCAAUAACUCUUAGUUGUUUCCUUCGUUGAUUGGACAAGCCCAAGAUAUAAAUAUUGAAUUGAUGCUGCAUCUUUUAAUUUAUCCUGACAAUCAGCAACUCUCUUUAAAAUAUGUGGAACUUCUAAAGUGUUGACAUAGCAAUGACUAGUCGAAGGGAUAGUAACGCCACUACUAGUAGUGAACCUAAACUGAAACAGUAUUCUUCAACCAAGAUGUCAGUCGACAAACUGAGCGAUCAAGAAGAUACUGCUUUGAAUGGCACUAAGCCAGAUGAACAAGAUGUACCUGAAGUGAAAAACAUACGAUAUUGGGCUAAUAAAAUCAGCCAUGUUUUUAAGAAAGUUCGUCAUCCGAAGAAGAGAAGAAGGAGCAGUUUCGGUUCUCUCUUUUCUUCGAUUGAUAGUCAAUUGGAUGAUUCAGAUGCAGAUCAUUCACAUUACAAGCCUGAAGCCAUUGAUACAUUGUGUCAGCUUACUAAAUUCAAUAAGAGGGAACUGCAACUGAUGUAUAGAGGUUUCAAACAGGAAUGUCCUAAUGGUAUGGUGAAAGAAGAAACCUUCAAAGGCAUCUAUGCUCAAUAUUUUCCGAAAGGAGCUGAAACGACACAGUAUGCUCAUUAUGUUUUCAACUCUUUCGACCACGAUAAUACUGGUGCGAUUACUUUCACUGAUUUUGUUAUCGGCCUUUCCGUCUUGGCAAGAGGAUCCCUACAAGAAAAACUCCGCUGGGCUUUCAGCUUGUAUGACAUCAAUGGAGAUGGUUACAUCACUAAAGAUGAACUGUCCAAAAUCGUGCAAUCAAUCUACGAACUUAUGGGCAAAGCUGUUGAGCCUAUGAUUGAAGAUCACACAACAAGAGAUCAUGUUGAAAGAGUAUUCCAGAAAUUAGAUAUCAACAAAGAUGGGGUUGUUACAAUCGAUGAAUUUCUAGAUUCAUGUCAAAGAGAUGAGAACAUAACAAGGAACAUGCAAGUAUUUAACACCAUCUUGUGAUUUUUUCCACGGCUCGAGAUAUCACCUUUUCCUGAGUACUGCCAUUACCUGAGAAGAACAGGGUGUUUAACAACUCUUUCUCAGCAAGCAUCAUUGGGAGCAAAAUGCAGUUGCAUUUCAAUCUUUUUGAUUUCUGUUCUUUCGCCUGUUCUGUUGCUGAGAAGAUUCUUUCGCUCUACCUCAGGGAGGAUUCACCCUGUUUAGAAGCAGCCCAUUCCUUCGAACGCCAACUCCAAAGCAAAAAUUUCCGAUUUGACACGGAACUACGUAGGAUGGAAUUCAUUUCUUCACUCGCACACGUGAGAUGUCGAGCAGCUUUUGUGCCUAAAUGUGUAUCAUGGUGCAUUGCAUUAUUAUUUGAAUGACUUUUCGAGCAAGCAAGUUUUAUUGAACUAAAAGUACGAUUUUAUUUUAUCUGAGGAUUAAUUGAGAGUCGAAAACAGGAAAGGUAUCAUUUCAUUAAAAAAAUGCUAUGCACAGUUCGCUUUACACUUUAGGUGCCUUACAUAUAAGCACUUUAGACUAUAAAAAAUUUUUAUUCUUGCCGUUUGCUGGCUGAAUCAUUUCAAGAUUCCUAUCCAGUUUUAAAUUAUUUAACAAUAGAAUAACGCUGAAAUGUCUUCAGAACGACUGACUGUCAAGAAAGUUGGAGAAACGAUGGGUCGAUAAUGUCUCGAUAACACAAUCUGCACGAGAUCUAGAUGACAAAUAAAUUUCAGACACAGAUGCUAUCAACAAUCACAAAUAAAAAAAAACGAAUCUUCUAGUGCUACCAUAAAGAGCUUAUUUGUUUAUUAUUGCACCCUUACCGACGGUCACCUCUGAAUCUUAGCAAAAGAAAAUGUACGUCUGUUAGUCAUCAGUAAGCAACUAGAAUCAGAACAGAUUGCUUAUUCCAAAUAUACAAUGAAAAAUCAAGUUAUUUAUGAAUACAUGAUUUCUCAUAUAUAUUUAUGAAGUUCAAACCUGUGAGUUAUUUUUAUAGCUGUAUUUUUAUGUGAAAAUUUAUUUGUUGACAUGUAUUUAUAUGCAUUCAUUUUGUAAACUAUGCAUCUAGCAUUCCGCCUAAUAUUUAUAAAUGAAUCUCUUUGAGUAAUAUUAAGUUUCAAAGAAGAUUCUUAUUAAUAUAAAGCCCCUUUCUCUUCUCUAUCAAAACCUAAAAGAAUGUGAAACUAAAAUGAAAUUCUUUCGACAAUGGAGUGAGUAUAUCGAGACAUCAUCGACUUCUGCAGGAAGAAAACUGAAUGAUAUAGCUUUUCAAUCAAGUUGCUUUUAGAAUUGUUGACACUUUUAAUAUGCCCCAAAUACUAUGAGUGUCUAUUGAUUCGACAGUACUUUGAUUUCUUUGACCAUCAAAGUGCACUCUUUUAAUAUAUAUUCUAUUAAUACAUCAUCGAUCUGAUGUCUAUUCUAUUGAUGUGUUAUCAGGAACUUUAACAGAUGCAGCAUCAAGUAUCGAUAAAACGAUGCCGUGAUCAUUUGUUAGUCCUAAAGAAACGGGACGAUACAAUGUCAUCAUUUCAAUUCUUUUGAAACUGUAUUGGGUGUUAUGUUGUUUUACUGUUAAUCGGAAAAAAAUCAAUUCCACUUAAAGAAUUUCAAAUUAUUCCGAUUUAGUAGAGAACUAUAGAAUUGUUGACUCUGCUCAUUGUUUUUAUUAAUCUUUUAAUCUCACAAAAACGCACAAAUAAAUUUGGCAAACAAAAUUUUGUUGACAAACGAAUCGUAUUUCAAAAGAUCGAAAUAAUUGUUAUGAGCUCUUCUAUGAAUCCACGUUUGCCUUUAUUCUUUCUUUUAUCUUCAAUAUCAUUUGUCUUCCAUUGAAACCGGUUUCUUCAAGAUCUCACCUUUGUUACUUAAAUACUGAGUCGAAUUUUUCUAUGAAAAAUCGAAUUUCCAUAUAUCCAUAUGUCAGAUUGGACAGGAAUUCAAAGACUGUUAGAUUUUCUUUUCUUAUUUACCAAUGAGUGUUUUAUCAAUAAGUGUGAAGGAGUUGAUAACUCUUAUUUCAUAUACUUGCAUCCUGACUUCAGAGGUAAGGGCGAUUUAGCGAGCAUCCAAGACUUCGAGUAAACCAUCUGCUCAGUGAAUUUCACAAACAUUUCAAAUCAGUGUUUUUCAACCUUUGAGUCUGCAGAUGGUGAUCAGGCGACUGAUAUCUAAUAAAAACAACAAUCCUUUCAUAUUUGCUGUCAAAGGUCUCUUUUGAUUAAAAGAUUCAUUAUUCUUUAAGCGAUAUUAAAUAUAAACACAUGGGAAAGAUUGCGGAACUCUUUAUUCCAGAGGUAUAAGUACUCAGAAAGGUUGAAAAUCACUGAUCUCUGAUAAUUUGAAAGUUGCACAUUUUUAUUUCAACCAAAGGAGAAUAAACUUGAGAAGUUCGAUCAGAGAACUAAAGAAAUGCUUUUCUUUACUUCGCACUUAACUAUUAUUACUCACAAAAACGUACUUUAGGCAAUUCAUUUCAAGCUUAGAUUUUUCUUUAGUUAGAUCGAAAAGGUAUGGCUAAGAUGUAGCGCUUUGUUUUUUCGAGCAGCACAAAUAAUAGAGAGAGAAAGAAACUUUCACACAAGCUAUUGAAAGAUUCAUUCAACUUCAUAGGUCUUCUACUACCAACGGGGACGUUUAGAAUAAUGUUGUUACCUAUAGGAUGACCAGAUUUCACCAUUUAUUAAUUUUUUUAAAAAAAUAUUUGUUUAGUUUAUUUUAUUAAAUAAAAUAAAUAAAUUUUUAAUGCACUUCUUAAAUUAAAAAAUAGAUUUUUUUUUCCUCUAAAAUUUUCAAAAUUUUUGCUCACAAAAACGGUUUUUGUUUACGCAAGUCAAAAAAUAAAACUUUUGUUUAAAAAAUUAUUUAAGGUUUUGUCAAUGCAGACUCAUUUAAAGGCUUGCAAUCUUCAAUCUUGCAAUACAUCGCUAAUAUGAAUUUGUUUUAACAGGCACUGAAAAAAAAUUGUGCAUCCUUUAAAAAUUUACUAAUUCUAUAGGUUUGACAUUGUUAUUAUCUUUAUUUUAUAUGAAUUACAGCUUUUUAAUAUCUGAUGCAUGAGAGGUUAUAAAAUAUAUUAGACACCCAACGAAUUAAUAAAAGAAAAAAUAUUUAUUUAGACGUACUGCUAAAGAUGCAAUUUUUCACUGAAAUAAAUUUUAUUUUCAUAGCAAAAGAAAAAUGGCAUAAAUAUUGAUCCGAGAUCCAUUUCAUCAUCUUUCUUAACAAAUACACAGAAAAUUUGCGUGCAAACAAAAUGUCUUAAAAAUAAAUGCAAUUUCUUAUAAUCUUUGGAUGCUAAUUACUAAAAAUUAAUUAACAGAUUCCAUCCCGUAAAAUUUAUCACAAAUCACAGGUCUAAUAUUAAGAAUUGUAUAUAUUUAAAAGAAGCAUAAUACUAUUUAUAUGAACUAAUUAAAUAUAUUUGAAAUAAAAAUUUGUUAUACAUAAAUGCUUUCCGAGAAAGAAUAAGACUAUCAUAAAGAAAACAGCAUCUUAAACAUAAGAAUAAAGUCAGGGAAACCAGGCUAAAACCGGAUCACUGGCCUUUUGGUGUAUGUCUGUCUUCCCCUCCUUCCUUCAUCAUUCCUUUUUCCUUUUCUACCAUUUUUUCUGUUUUCCCCCAUUGUCUUUUUUAACUUAGUGCUGUAUACAUGUAUAUAAUUCCAAGCUUUGAGAAGACGCGCCUUUUACUUUUAAUUUACUAUGCGGUUGUAAGAAAUGGCACCCAGGGGACGAAUUAAUUCAGCAGCUUGUUUCUGCUAUAUUUGCAGCAACUAUAAAGUAAAAGAAUAAAAAACAUUUCAGAUUUUGCGGGGUAAAUCUAUUUUGCUUAGUCUAGUAUAAAACCGGACGAUCAUGACAAGCCUCACAAACAAUUUCCUUUUAUAUAAAACAAUUGAAACAACGGUGGCUAUUUUUAUUUAUGCAAUGAGAAAUAAUAAAAAGAAAAUAUUUUAACCCAACAGUCCAUCAGUCAGACACCCUAUUCCUCACGGAUCAGGUUUACCGAUUCUGUUUUUUCCAGAUAUAUUGUAAAAGAAAUUUGGUUGAUUUAGAAACAAUGUAUUAAUGUGGAAAUAAUGAUGAGGCAUAUGAUUACGAUAACUAAGAGUCUAAACUUCUUACCAAAUCCAAAUUAAUGAUUUAUUCCGAAUUUCCAAAGGAAUGGAAACAUGUUUUAGGUACAAAAUCGACAAGGAAAAAUUAUUCUUGGUUUCGAAACAGAGAAGACGAGCUCAUUUCAUUUUCCACCCAAUAGAAGGAAUUUGUUUAUUGCAAUGAUGUUCCAGGUCUCAUGGGACUUUAAAUACAAAUAACUUAUUUUUACGAUACAAACUGACGAAUGAAGACUUUUUACUGAUUUACUAAAAAGAAGUCUAAAAGCAGUGCGGUUACAAAUUGGGAAUGAGUGUGCUUUUGUAUUUGUUAGUUAUUCAGUUCUGUAACAAUUUUAAGUUAAUGUUUAAUGAAAUUUUGUAUUCAAAAUAUGAGUGGUCGGUGAUUUAAUGCAAUACUUACUCUGAUUGAUCAACAGACCGGCCGAACGAAAUUCUGAUAUUUUAUUUGUAAAUUGAAUUCCUUUAUGAUAUUAAGAAAAAAAUAUUAUAUAAAAAAUAGUGGCAUAAAAGAAAUAUAUUGGAACCUGGAACCAAAAAUAUCUAAAGGAAAUGUUUGAUAAAUCUAAAAAUGAUUAUAUUUUCUCCAUUUCAUGUAAAAUUAAACCUUUUAAAACUAUUAGAUAAAUCAUUACUAAAAAAAAAGGAGAAUGUUUCAAAAACUGUUGUAAAAAGUUUCAAAAGUUUCUAGGUUUACCUAAAGCAAGGCUGAAAAAAAAUGUGUUCAUAAGAUUUCACAUCAGAGAAAUUAUGAAAAAGGAAAUUUUGGAUUUCAAAAUGGGAACUAACAAGAAGAGUUCCAAAAAACCUUUCAAAUCAGUGGUAAUUAAAUUUCUGGAAAACCAAAAGAUCCAACUUGGAAAUCUAGUAUUAAAGAGAUGUUAGCAUAUUUCAAGAUUUAUGACGCAAUAUGAACUUAGUAGUUCCUUUUGUCGCACAUGACUACUAUUCUGAUAAUUUCGGAGAAAUCAGCAAGCAGUAUAUAAAAGAUUUCAUUAAUACAGGAAGGAAAUACAAAAUCAAUAUGAGGGAAGGUGGUAUAUCAGCAAGACUGCUGACUAAUGCUAAAUGCUAAAUAGGGAAGAUCCCCGACAAUUUCAACGAAAGAAAAGCGAAAAAAAAGUUUUGAGAAAAAGUAAAAUCAUUCCUAGAAGGAAUUGUAUUCUUUGUCAUUAAUUCAUAUAUCAUUAAAAUCGUGAGAGAAAUAGGAUGUAAAUGUAAAGUAUGUAUAAGCAGAUAAAAUAAAAAUAUUUUGAUUUGAAAUUUUUCAAUUAAAAUAUGUAAAUAGUUUUGUGACAAAUUAUUACGUGAUAGGAAAAAAACGAAUUUCAUAUUUAUAACCAGCACUGAUAACUAUAUAAAAAUCAAUACCUAAAAUUUCAAAAAUGUUUCAAAUAAUAUUUUUAUAGACCUGUGAUAUUAAAUUGCCAGUCACAAUCUAAAAAAAAAAAAAACAUUUUUAAUUUCUUGGACCAUAAUCAUUACUUUGUCUGGUCAUCCUAUUUAACUACGCAUCGUUAUCGUUGUCGUUAUUUACAUAACGCAACUAAUGUGUUGAAACUUUUUCAGUCUACUAUAGAAAUGUAGAAAAUUGUUCGAAUUUUCCAAUCCAGCUUUACAGUUCUCUUCUCAUUGGUCUAGAGAAAAUGCAUUAGACAUUUCAUUGCUACUUCUCAAAAAGCGCAAUUACGAUUUCUAUCAACGGUAGAAACACAUAGUAUAGUGUGAGCGCAGUUGCAUUUUGUACGAAAAAUACUGAUAUGCAUGUUAGCCUUAUUCAGAUCCUCUUUUGAAAAUAUGUAUCAAUACUAUGAAGUUGAAACCAUCGAAUAAAACUAUUCAGAUCUGAAAUCUUAGUUUUAGUGUUAGUCCGAGAAAACUGAAAAAAAAAAAAAUUCUUGGGGAAACAGAAAAUAUUUCGCUCUAGUCAUUCCCAGUUUCGGUGCUGAAACGGCGCCACUGUUAAAAGACAGCUGCAUUCGGAUAGCAAUAAGAGAUGAUAUUAUUCCGAUAGAAUAAUUGUUUUGUUGUGAAACUAACCUGCGGUCAAUUGCUUUCAUUCUCGUCUCCUGCUGGCUAUCGAUUUGGUUGAAUGACAACAGAGGUCGGAGGGGAGAUAUGUAGAAUAUUUUUUUAAUCAUUACAACCAGGCAACGUCUACUACAGCUGAAAUCUUUACACUUUUCCCAGCACAUUUUUCUACUGCUCGUCUCUAAUAGUUACUGAUUUCAAACAUAUGCGCACAUCCACAAAAAUCUAUGUUCAACAUAAAUUAGAUUUAUAAAAUCUGUAGUUGUCAGAUCUAUUAAUUACACUAAAAUUCUGAAUUUUGACUUCUAAAGCAAAUUUUUGUAUUCUGAAAUUACAAAAAGAAUAGGUAAUAAUGCCUGAAUCAAAUAUUAAUACAACAAAUAAAAUAAUUUUAACUCUGCAAAGUUUCUUAAAUUUAAAAAAAGUAAUAAAUUUACUUGUUUGUAU